CUCAGUCAGCGAUAUAUCCCUAACAAUGUAACGUUGAAAAAACGGACCGUCUGCAUUUUAAGACCGGUGCCAGCCUUCGGCUGGGCCCCGGUAAUAAUUAAUGUAAUUUCUGACGAAUGAGCCCGCGAAGAAGGCAGAAAUAAAUAUUUUGACGGCACGAGAUACAACAGGGCCUGGGUACUAGGCCGGGUGCACCAUGGGUAGCCAUAUCGGGGGUAUAUAAUGCUGCGUAUAUCACGUGUUCGUCAUCUAGGCUUACGAACCAACCUCUCCUUGGUUUUUCUUAAAUUUUUGUUUUAUUUAUUUUUAGGAGCAACAUAUUCUCGAUUACAUUGUAAAGUCCCGUAGGAAGGGCUUUGAGCUUGAGCCUUGGUUCCUACCCAGAUUUCCUGCCCGCAUUUUUUUUCCCUUCGGGUUUUUUUUUUUUGGGCAGGUUUUUUCUGGCCUCCGUCUGACCGCAUUUACUUCAGUUUGUAAGCGGUAGCUCAGCUCUGCUAGUUUUCAGCCUUUUCCCCGUUUCUUAUUUUAUGUACUUGUACACUAGUUAUCUCAGUUUUGCACCUGCUCCUUUACUUGAUAUAUUUAGUUUCCAUGUAUGCUUAGGUCAGCUGUCCCGGAACCGCUCUUUAGGAGGCGACGUAAGUCUCGUUUGACGCAGUUAGGUUGCAGGCAAUGUUACAGACCUCUAGCCAGGGUCGUUAUUCAUUGUUUACCCUCAAUGUCCCGCCCUAGCCUUUUAUGGCAGUCUUACUGGUUAUUGGGCUACGUGCCUUGUUGGGUACAUUAGUGGAGAUAAUUCCCAGUUUUCCUGGCACUCAGCCUCUGUGCUCCUGAAGUGUUCCUGGUCCCAGUUAUACGUUGAUCACAGUUUUAUUAAAUUUCCCCGGCCUAACUGGCACUAAGCCUGCGUGCUUAUUUGGGGGAUUCAGGUCGAGAUCGACCAGUUGUAGCAGUUUUUUCUUUUUGCUUAGCCUCUGUGCUCCUACCGUGUUCCUCGUGCCAGUUAUGCGUUGUCUGAGUUUUAUUAAUUAGUUUCUCCAGCCUAACUGGCAGCCUAACUGGCACUAAGCCUGUGUGCUUAUUUGGGGGAUUCAGGUCGAGAUCGACCAGUUGUAGCAGUUUUUUCUUUUUGCUUAGCCUCUGUGCUCCUACUGUGUUCCUCGUGCCAGUUAUGCGUUGUCUGAGUUUUAUUAAUUAGUUUCUCCAGCCUAACUGGCACUAAGCCUGUGUGCUUAUUUGGGGGAUUCAGGUCGAGAUCGACCAGUUGUAGCAGUUUUUUCUUUUUGCUUAGCCUCUGUGCUCCUACCGUGUUCCUCGUGCCAGUUAUGCGUUUUCUGAGUUUUAUUAAUUAGUUUCCCCAGCCUAACUGGCAGCCUAACUGGCACUAAGCCUGUGUGCUUAUUUGGGGGAUUCAGGUCGAGAUCGACCAGUUGUGAGGAGUUUUUUCUUUUUGUUUAGCCUCUGUGCUACUACCGUGUUCCGUGUGCCAGUUAUGCGUUGUCUGAGUUUUAUUAGUUAGUUUCCCCAGAAUGACUGGCAGCUUACCUGGCACUAAGCCUGCCUGCUUAAAUGGGAGAUUCAGGUCAAGAGCGACCAUUUGUCGCACGAGUUUUAUCUUUUUGUGAAAGCUAGUUUACAAGUGUUGUACAUUAGGUAUUCACCAGUAUUCACCUAUUAUUGUAUUUGCAUAAAUACUUUGUAGGGUUGGUUCUCGCCAAGCCGUCCCAAAAUAAACUUAUUUGCCAUUACGUUUUGUCUGUUGAUGUUGUGUAGUGGAGUCAAAAUUUACUAUUGUAUGAGGCUGACUGUGAUCUGAAGAGGUAUGGAGAUUGGGGAUGGUGUUAUAUUAUUUGCUGAGGUAAAAUAACAACACUCCGAGAUAUCUGCAUUUCAGACAGUAUGAAGGCUGAAUCCAAUUUUAAUUAUACAAGAGAUCAAGGAAAGAGUUAUUCUACCUCUGUUGUGUUACACCGGGCAGACAUUAGCUGUUCAGUCGACUUCCCUCGUGAGAGCCGUGAGAGGAUCAUCUGCCGAUCCCUGGGCGAAAUAGCAAAGUCGCACAGUUUCAUUCUGGUCAUUUCUUUAAGGUCUUUCGUGGAAUUUUUGCAUUUGGCUAUAAAAGAGACUGGAUGUAAUUAAGGCCCGCGUCGUUUUACCUCCUUUUUUACGAGAACUCGAAGCAUCGGACAUCUUUACGUGCGAGGAAAGAAAUGUGUGAAGGAUAUGAAGGUGUUGAAUUACCACUGACUUCCAGUACCGUCGGAAAAUAUACGGGAUCUUGUGGAUUUCCUAAUACGGUCAUGUAUGAAUCAAUUACAGGAUAUGGUUUUGGCGGGCGAUACAGAUUGGAAGGAACGUUCGUUCAGCUUUGCUGAGAGCGCGGUCUUCAAGAUAUUUAUACGCUUGGAAUAUUGCCUUUACCUUCACAAUUCGAGUUCAAUAUCAUCAGUAGAUCUUGAAGAGAAAACAAAAGAAGAACAUGAUGACUGAAUUUUGACGAUACAAGUAAGUUUUGGGGUGAAAAAUAUAUCGGUUCCAGUCGUUUAAAUAUAUAUCGAUUCUUCUUUGCGAGUCGUUUGCAAAUGACACACGAGUUAAAUGUUUACAAAGUGAAAGCUUGUUUACUUCGCCCAAAGUGCCGUGUAAGUUCAAAAUAUAAAACCCAAGUCUUGUUUUCGUUAGAUCUCAUUUAUUUCCAGUUUUUGUACGUAAUAGGUAGCCAUAUUUCUUUAAUAAGGUAAUGGAACAAUUUACUUUGUAGCCAAAGAGUACAGAUCUGAUCAAUUCAUUCUUGUCUAUUAAACAUUUACUAAAAUUAAGAAGAAUAUUGUGUAAUGGUUCUAAGCAAUAAUUAUUAAGUACAAGUGAGUUAAAGAAAGUUCAGAAAGAAACCUGUUAAUAUACAUGCACCUUGCUUGAAAUGAUCUCAUUGUCAAUGAAAAUUUUACUAAAAUCAAGAAGAAUAAUAUUAUGGUAAUCAAAUGCAGUGAGUUCCUUUGAUAGGAAUAGAAAAUGUAUAUUUUUAUGUUGUGGAAACCUAUUCCAACAAGAUUUGCCAUAAUUUUUUUUUUAAAAUUUCUUAGUACAUUUGUAUUGCUUUAAGUUAAGCGUAGUUUUUUUUGUUCUAUCAAUAAAUGAUUAAAUGAUUUUACAAUAUAAUUGAUCCAAGUCUGACGUGUUACAGUUAUUGAUAAACAUACUUCAAGUAUACUUUUUAGGUGUCGAAAAGUUGUGUACUUAAAGUAUACUUCUUGUAAGUAUACGUUAAGUAUACUUUAAGUACAAAUGAAGUAUACUUUUUAAAGUGUUUAUCACCUACAUAAAGUAUACUUUAAAUGUACUGAAUUUCUACAAGGGAAUACAACCUUGUUCCCAGGAUUCUCAGUUGCUGUCCCUUUUUCUGACAAUAGCCUGUGCUAUUGGUGUCAUUUAACUGGAUAUUGCCAGUGUCUUCUAGAUUUGGUUUAUGGCUUGUUAUGAAGGAUAUGAGCCAAUCAGAAAAUUAUGGAGAAAUGUUUUGAAUGAAUGACAAUAAAAUUAUAAAUUUAACAAACUGGUGACAUAAAUUAAGGUAGCAAAGAAAAGAAUAAAGCACACACAAUAUGUUUAAUACUGUCAGCCAGAACCACCAUAAUUUCAAUCUCAAAUUGUUUAUUCAAUAAGCACAGUGUUUUAGUAAAUGUGGGAAGGAGAAAAUUGGGAGGUCUUUCAAAUAUUUUUUUUCUUCCCAGAGGUCAGCAGCUAGAGUCAUUGAUUUGACUGUUGAUAUUCAUUCUUGUGCUUGUAAAAGAUUUUUCUGGGGUGUUAUCUUUUACUAGUCAAAUUUGAUUUCAGGUCAAGAAAUUCUUUAACCUAGGUUGAUUCUUAAUUAAAUUUUGUCUUCUGGGGCAAGGAGACAAAUGAAAUCGGGAUUUAACCUACAAUUUUGGACAGAAUAAAAUGUAAUAGGGGGGAGUCUAAAUUUUCCAUCUAUUUUGACAGUUCAAGAUUGUAGAAUGUAGGUUAAAUCAAAAUUAACCUGAUAUUAUUGAGAAUUAUGUUUUUUACUAUAAUAGAGUUCAUGUCAUUCAUUGGCUAAUGUUGACGUUGUUGAUGUUGUUUAUCUUUUUAUAAUAAAUAAAAUGAUAUGUUGAACUUUUCAUUUAUUUAUUUAUUUGUUCAUUCAUUUUUCAUUUGUUUAUUUUAGAUCUUAAUUCAUCUAUCCAUGGCUUCGGCAGUUCCAGCAUUUCCUUCCACGAAGGAGACCACUAAUUAUGCCAGAUUAUGUCGCCUUCUUGUAGAUGUUGGUUGUCAUGCACUAAGGGAGAGAUUUGACCAAAUUCAUUCACCUGCUGGGCUUUAUACCCUUCUGUCAAAUCCUGCAGUACAUGCUACACUGGAUUCACUUCGCAAAAAGAGAGUUCUGAAUCCAUCACAAUGGGGAAAACUGUAUCCUGCUAUCAGGUCUUCGGUAACGUCAGUUAACUUUGACAUAACCCUGCUGAUGGUUCUUCUAAGAAGUAUUUGCGGUUUGACUCCUCUGGCCACUGGUUGGGAUAAUCUUCCACCAGCUACAGAUCUUACUGUAGAGGCUGACAUUGCCCGUGUUAAAUUUUAUAGAAACACGAUGUAUGGUCAUGCUAGUCAUGCCUCUGUUGAUGAUGUAACAUUUAGUACCUGCUGGAAUGAUAUAAAAGACACAAUUGUGAGACUUGGGGGAUCGCUGUACAGAGCCGCGGUUAAUGACCUCAGAAAUGAGCCCAUGGACUGUGAUGUUGAAGAUCACUAUAAAGAACUUCUGAAGCAGUGGAAGGUGGAUGAAGACAACAUUAAGAUAAAGUUAGAGGAGUUAGGAGAGAAGCUAGAAGAACUUAAAGCAUCAGUUGAAGAAGGAAGAAAGGCGCCAGUGGCAAGUAAGUCCAAACAGUUACAAAAGCCUGAGAUGCCAUUUGACCAUCUUUUUUUGUCACAUGGAAAUGGGAUUUCAGGCAAAUUGAUAUGAAGGUGCAAAAAGAGGAUUUACACCCCUCCCGUCUUUCCUGAACCUCUCACUAGGCUCCUGACCACAUUUCAGGGAUGUUGCUAAAAUGGGGAACUGAGUCUAACAGUGAACAGUGAACAGGGAACAGAGAGCGAACAUGGUAAAUGGGAAAAUGAAAAAUGGUAACAAGACAACACACCCCCAUCUGACACACUCUGAACCAAACUUACCUUAAGUGUCCACUUCAUCUCAGGUCAGAAGCCUGUGUUUUGAUUGUCUGUGUUUUCUGUGUUUUCAAGCCAACUUGUACAUGUAAUUGGGCUUGUUAAAUCUUAUAAAUCACACUCUACAGGGUGUUUCAAAAGUGUGUGCUGAUUUUUCUUCGCUUAAAUUUCACUGAUUAUUGAAAAUACCCUUUGUAAAACUAUGCAUUUUAUUAAUUCAUUUAACAUUGAAUAACUGAAAUAUAAGUAACCAGAAUGUCUUCCUUUAUGUUAUCUAACAUUUUAUAAGUGGUGAGGUGUUGAAUGUGUGAGCUCCCAAAGCAAUUGCCUGAAGGCACAUUUUUCCAGGCGAAGCGUAGUCACUGUCCUAGCUCGUCCAGUGUUUUGGGGGCUGGAUCUUUGUAUGUUGUCUGGUCAAAGAUGAUCCAGAUGGUCUCUGGGGGGUUCACAUCAUGUGAGUUUGCCGGUCGGUCGUCUUUUGCUAUAAAGUUUCUAAAUCCUUCUGGCACCAUGUCUGCAUGUGUGCCGCCUUUUUCUCUUCAAGGCUUUCCAACCUUUGUUGGUCAUAUAUAUCUUCAUACCGUUGUGCUCGAAACUUGGAAAUUGUGAAGUUGAAUUUUUUUUACCUUUCUGUGUUGUAGAAUGAAUUGUUACACAUAUACUUACAGCUUUUCAACAACAUUUCUUGCACAUUUCAAUUAAAAAAAACGGCCAUCCACUCCUUGGUUUGUCCUCUAAAGUCUUUACUUUUAAUCACUUAUUCACUUAUAUCAUUCAGACUUGUUCAACAGUUUAGCAAUUUCUGUGACUGAGUGGCCAGAAGACUGUAAAAAUGGAUGCCUGAGCAUUAGCACAAACAGUGCAGGCCUUCAUUUUUGUGAAAGAGUACAGCAAGUUAAAAAAAACGAAAAUAUAACGUACAAAAUGGGCAGGAAAAGUAUGGUGGGAAAAAACUUGCGUUUGUGCACAUUUGGGGCAAAACUUCAAAAAUAAUUCUUUGAAUUUUAGUUUGAAAUUGCUUUGAAAGGUUAUUUAUAUAAAUUUCUUACCUGAAUCAGUUUACAUUUGCCUAAAGAAGCAUUAAAUGCUUUUUGCAGAAUACAAUUUACAAUUGGAAUUAACGUUUGAAACACCCUGGAUAUAGACAUCUGUUUGGCAUGCUUCUUUUUACUGCAUGAUAUGUUCAUGAGUACAUAUACACCACUUUCUUUCACUUUCAUUGAGGAAAACAGCCAACAAUUUGUGGCACAACCACAGUUUCCUGCAAAAUGAUGUCUGAGAAACAUGCGCAGGAAUUUUUUACUGAUGAUGUGGCAUGGGUAGUGCUUCUGAUUUUGCUUCAUCCAGUCAGAAGCACGACCAGUGCUAUCUAGACCCUGACAUGGGGGGGGGGGGGGGGGGCUCCAAAAAAAAUUUUUUUUCAGCCCUUCAGGCCCCAGUUUGGUCUAAAAAUAAGUGGGGCUCAGGCUCCUCCCGUGGAUCCACCACUGACUACCCAGAUUUGGGUAGUGACAUGUCAUUAGUCUGGAAUUUCUGUGCUCAUUCCUCAGACAUCAUUUUGCGGGGAAACCAGUGGUAACAUCAAUCCGAAAAUGUUGGCUGUUCUCUCAGGUUAUUUUCGCAUUGCCUUCAACAGAUGAAGAAGGGCAUUCCUCUAUAAGAUUUUCAAAUCCAUUCGUUAAUCGCUUAACUUCCUUGUCACUACUCAUUCUGUUCUUGGAUACUUUUUCCCAAAACAAUUAAAUCCCACCUCUGCUUUUGUUAUAGCCCACUGUAAAAAAUACCAUAAGAUUUUCAAAUUGCCGUUUGGGUAGAGCUUCAGGCUGAUAUUCUCAUUUAGUUUCGUUCUUUGCAGGAACUGCCGGUUCAAUGGCCGAUUUCCUUAAUACCAUUUUUCAUAUAGUAAUCUAUAACUGUGUAAUUAUUCCAGCCUUUUACAUAACAGUGGAACAAUAGAAUUCAGAGUAUGUAAUUAGGAGCCUUGCAAUAGAACCUGUACCUUUAACUGUAUUUUCUGAUUAAGGAGUCCUUCCAAGAUAUACAGAGAGAUACUAAACUAUGUUUCCUUGCAAGUACACUGAUCGGUAAUAUACAAAUUUUCAACACACUCAAUCACGUACAGAAGAUUUUGCAAAAGUAAUGUUUACAUGAAGAACUACCCAAACAGCAAUUUGAGGAUAUUAUAAUGGUAUUUUUUUGAAGUGGCCUUUAUGUAUUUUUGUUGCAAUGUAUGUAAGCAUGUUUUCAGCAGUUGGAUCAUAAGUACAGACCUGUGUACGUUUCUGAUGUCAAAAUGCCUGCUGGGCUAUUGGCCAUCAUGAGCCACAAUGUAAUGACAGAUUAGAAUUGAAAUUUACUGAAAAUAAAACUAAAAUAAAACAAAACAAAGUACUGUUUAAUUUAAACGGGAAAAAAAGAUAAGUAAUAAAGACUAAACUGAAAAAGAGAAAUUUUGGGAAAAAAAGGAAAAUAAGAAACAUCACAGAACAAUAAUCUAUAGCCCUAUUGGGCCACCCUACAAGCAUGUGUCUUGAAAACUAUGUGAUAUAUUAUAUUUUUCUUGAUUUUUCCAUAGCUGUUCUUCUUGUGAACACCAUUGAGACAAUUGUGCAAGGUGGAGUUGUGAUCAACAUCUUUAAUCAGACAACGCAACGCAACGAUGACACGACUGAGUUAGACUAUUGGAAUUUGAUUCUGUCAUUAAGGAGACCUUUGCAAUCCUUUUGUCAGUACUUGAAAAACAUGCUGAAUGUCGUUGUACGACGUCAUGAUACAGGUAGUUUGUUACUUACUGUUGAAUGCAGGUCAUUGCAGAUCCUUGAAGGAUUAUGGGAAGACUACUGCAGCGGGCAUCUUAAUAAAAUGGCUCAAGAAUCUUUGAUUACCGCUGAAGUCCUGGAAAAACUUGGACUUAGUGAGAUCAAGUUGAAAAUAUUUAUAUCUGAAGAGGAGUACAAGAGAGGAAAGCAAAUUCUAAGAGAGACCAAAGGUGAUCCUGAUUCAUUUAUUUAGUCAUCUUUCAACUGCAUAUUUAUUUUAUGCUCACCUGUAUUGCAUGGUCUGCCUGUGUGUAAACUUGUGCUUCUUAGCAUAAGUCAUGGUAAAAUGAGUAACAAAAAUGUGCAACUUGUUUCGAAACACUGCUGCAAAACAAGUUGAAAAGCAAUGUUGGGCAUUUUACCACCCUUGUUCAAACUUGACUUGCAACAAAUCAGGUUGCAUGAACACUGACUUGACUGGAUAACAUUAUUUUUAGAGGGAUUCUCCCCAUUCGUUGGAGUUACCCACGGCAUCACUUGAUGCAAAACAAGUUUGUCUGGGGCCGAACCUGUACAGAUUUUGUCCCAACCAUUACAACUACUACUCCCUGCAACAAUUUUUGCAACCUGUAAUAAUCUCAUUUCUUGCAAGACUCGUUUGAUUUGUGUGCGGUAAAAUGUGCAUCUUUGCUAUUCAAUUUGUUUAGCAGCAAUCAAUGUUGUACAACAAGGUGCUUGACAUUUUUUGUGUCUGUUUCACCAUACCCUAAGAAAGUUGUGGCUUAUUCGUACAGAUGGGAAUGCAACAAGUACAUGUAAUAGAAUGUUCAGGGUGAGCCCCGAGUGGGCUUUGUUAUCAAGAAUGUUUACAAGUCCAUGUACAUCCCAUAAAGCAGAUAAUUAACCUUCUAAGUUCAGGUUUCAUACAAUUAAGGUUUAAAUUUGCCAUGUGGAAAAAUUGGUGGUAAGUAUCUUUCCUGAUCAGUGUAUUUUCUUCUGUGUAUUGUUUGAGCAGAUUCCAGAUGCUUUUAAAAUUUUUUUUAGUACUUUAUUACAACACAGAAGGUACAAAAUAUUAACACAUAAAUGAAAAAGGAAAAGGUUACAUGUUGAAUACAUUAAAUAAUUAGAUAUUGUUGACAUAAUUACAUUAACUGAACUCUCUUGUUUUUUACGAUCUGCAUUCUAUUUGGUAUCGUAGAUUGAUUCUAUGCCAAGGGCUUUCCAAAUCUUCUUUUUGCACCUUAUAAACAGAAAUGUAUACAAAAAAAAUAAAUUUAGAAGAAAUAAAUAAAUAGAUAAAUCAAUCAAUAAAUUUAUAAAAUUAAUAUAGGUAUGCACCGGGUCACUCUCAGACUUCGGAUGAUAUACUCAGUCGCAUUCUCAAGCACUGACAAAUUUUAGCUUAUCACACCACACAAACCUUUUUAAGGCCACAAAUUAUUUUGUGAAGCCAUGUUUUUGAGAGGGUGAGGCCCUUUUAUAUUUGAUGUUCAGGUUGAUUGGUUUCUCCAUUGUCACAGGUGUCCAUUAGCUGAGGUUCUGUUUUUUGAUCAACAGAAAUGAAGAGAACUCACAGCGAAGCAUUUGGACAAGAAUCAAGCAUGCCAAGCACAAGUGGCAGUGAGUCACAGUUUAUGAAUGCCCUGUUUUUAUGCGAAAAUAAAAAAUUAUUGGGGGAGCAUGUGUCCUCCCCCAGCUUGGCAGUCCCUGAGGGUUCGUAAUCAAUCCUCGCCUGCUUAUCAGCCCUGGGAAUACAGGAAAAUGACAAUACAUUCUGAAAAAGUAGCUUUUUUGAGCCAAUUAGAAGCUCAUAAGCAAAAUAAAAACCUUUUUGGAGCAGAAAAUUUAAAUAUUGAUAGCAGAAGUUUCCAAGAAAGCAAAAUUUGUUAUAAGAUGAUAUUGUUUUUCUGUAAGUUAACACUGCAUAAUGCUCAGGAGACAUAUAUUUGUUGUCACAAGGCUGUAAUUUUGUCAUUUAUACGGUAUAAGCAAUUUCUUAGCUAAAUGCAUGUGCUUUUUAAUAACAGUGAGCUCAAGUCAAAAAUUUAACCAGAUGGUUGUUUUUUGCUUCCAUCAAUCACUUUCUAAUGGACCUUUCUUCAUCUAAACUGUGGAUGACAGCCAACUUUCUUGGAAUGUACAAUGUUAGUUUCCUGUAAUCUGAUUGGUCAAUUUUAUAUCGGUGUCCACCAGUUACAGUACGUAGUUGCACUGUUAUCUAAUCCUUUGUGUACUUCCAGGUCAGUAUCUUGUCCUCAAAUUGGGUUUUGACUUUUUUAUUAAUGCUGAAAAAGCCAAAGGAGGAGAAUGCAGAUAAUUAUUAUUUAUAUGUGGUAGUGGUCUUAAUAAUAUUAUUCUCAAACUACCGGUAAUAAAACUCUGGACACCUGGAGUUAUUAUGAAAUCACAGUGAAGAUCAGGGCAUGUGAGCAAGCCACAAAACCACAACCCAUUCCGGUAAUUACUGUUGCUGCUCACAGUUUAGUUUUGCCACAACUGAAUGACUUGUCCCUUGCAGCACAAUAACUUUCGAGAAAUAUUUCUGUUGUUCACAGUUUUGUGAGUUUCACAGUGAUAGCAAACAACUGCAGUAUAAAUAUUGUAACAGAUACACAGUGACAGACUGCAAUUGUUCCAGCUGAGGUUCAGGUGGGAAGCCAAUAACUUCGCAUUUAUGAUGGUUAAACUUCGAGGGAAUAGUUGGUUUUUUUGUGAAAGGUCUUUUUUUUUACUGUUUAAGGUUUUGGAAAUGUGGUUUUUUGGUACAGAAUUAAAAAAAAUAUGUUGAAUGAAUGCAAAACAGUACUUUCUUUCACCUUGUGCAGAAGAGAUUAAACUAACCCUGCAUCAGGUUUUCUGGAUUGCUAGGCUUUCAGUAUGUCAUACUGAGUUGCUAGCUGUUGAAGUUGUAGAAUAAUGUGAAUUGAACUGCCAUCCGGUGUUAACAUGUUGUUAUUUUAAUAAUAUAAUAAUUUAUUAAUAAUUAAUACAUUAUUAUAUUAUUAAAAUAACAACAUGUUAACACUGGAUGGCAGUUCAAUUCACAUUAUUCUAAACAAAUUAUUUGUUUAGAUUUACCAACAACAGCUGCUGAGGACACCUUGAAAAGUCUAAAGGAGAUGCCUUCUGUUCUUAAUUUAAUGACGUCUAUGAUAACUGCACGAAAUUUGGGAGCUGAUAUGACUGCAGAAAAAGACAGCAAUGGGAAGGAAGGCCAACCAGUAGAAAACAAGGACUGGAAUUUGCUACACAGUGCUGCCAAGGGUGGUGAUGUGUCCAUAAUUGAAAUGAUGCUGUCCGAUGGAAUUGAAGUAAACUCAAAAGAUAGCUUUGGUACAACGCCGUUGAUGAUUGCUGCUACUGAAUGCAAAAAGCAGGCAGUAGAUUUCCUUCUCUUUAAGGGUGCAGAUCCAUCUCUGACAACCAACACCGGAAGAAAUUCACUUCAUGCUGCUGUUGAAGGUGGUGACGUCUCCAUUGUGGAAACAAUGUUAUUACAUAACAUUCUUCUUGAUUCAAGUGAUAAUGAUGGAAUCACUUCAUUAAUGAUAGCGGCCACUUUGAAUAACGUCGAGAUAGUAGAGUUUCUUCUUAGAAAGGGUGCAGAUCCAUCUCUGACAACCAACACCGGAAGAAAUUUACUUCAUGCUGCUGUUGAAGGUGGUGAUGUCUCCAUUGUGGAGAGAAUGUUAUUACAUAACAUUCCUCUUGAUUCGACUGAUAAUGAUGGAAUCACUUCAUUAAUGAUCGCGGCGGCUUUGAAUGACUUUGAUACAGUAGAGUUUCUCCUUAGCAAGGGUGCAGAUCCAUUUUUGAAAACUAAUGAAGGGAGAACUGCUUUGUUUUUUACUGCUCAAGGAGGCCACACUGGUGUCAUAGAGCGCAUGCUUUCUUUUGGUUUGGAUAUUGACUCAUCAGAUGACGAAGGCCUUACAACAUUAAUGUGGGCUGCAGCAUUCGCUAAUUUACAGGCCGUAAAUUAUCUGCUUGAGGAAGGUGCUGAUCCAUUGCUGACAGCCAAUAAUGGUUGGAGCCCUCUGCAUAUUGCUUCUAUUGGUGCUGACACUGCAACUAUUGAGACUCUCCUCUCAUAUGAAAUUGAUGUUAAUGUUAAAACGAAUUCUUCCAUGCUUGUGACACCUUUGAUGGUUGCCAUUGCAUACCAAAACAUGGAAGCCAUAAAUUGUCUCCUUAAAAAUGGGGCUGAUGCAUUAGUAGAGGCUGGCCUUGAUCGACUCAGUUCGCUGCUCUUUGCUUUACAUGGGAAUCCUGAAUCUACUGUCUUGUGCAUGAUUGAAGCCAUGCUUUCAAGUGGACUUGACAUCAAUGCCCAGAGCAGUGAUGGCUGGACAGUUUUGAUGUAUGCGGCUUUUUUAAAGAAGCGUGAAGUUUUCGAUUUUCUUCUUUUCAAGAGAGCAGAUCUGUCUUUAAAAGACAAGAAUGGAAUGACUGUGCUGCACCAUGCUUCAGUAGGAGGUGACAUCACCAUAAUUGAAAGGUGUCUUUUAUAUGGACUUGACAUUGAAUCUAAAGACAAUGAUGGAAAGACAGCAUUGGAUCUUGCGGCUUGUAGUGGUAGCCGCGAUGCUUUUCGAUUUCUGAGAGAGAGACGUUCGAUAAAGAACAGUUGAAGCAUACCUCUCUGGUUCACUAGAAAGAUUUAAGUUGUUGAUCUCUUCUGAGGCUCCUCUUUUCACUUGAGGCGCAUUUGUUUAUUUCAGUGAUAUGUUACUGGAGUGUUGUUUUUAUGUCUCACCACAAGAACUAUGCCUUUGUCAGGGUUGUCAUUAAGAGCCGGGGGCCGGGGAUUUUACCCGGCUACUAAGAGAGUGGCCCCCGGCUACUUUUAUUGGAAAAUAGAAGAAAAAUAGAACCAAAAGAAAUCCCUAUAUAUUUGAUUCCCCGCCUACUUGU